AUUUUAUUUUUUUUUCCACAAAAAUUUUGAUUAAUUGUCAAGUUAUUAAUCAACUGAUGAUGACUGCUCACUUGUUUGUUGAGCAUUUGUUGAGCAUGAAAUGAUGGCCUGUUGUGACUGUUUGAGAAAAAUUUUAAAUUUUUGUUUCAAAUAUUCAUUGGUAUUUGGUGUGAUUGCCAUUGCCAUUAUAUUUGCACCAUCUGCCAAUUAUCUAUUGGAUAUUGAACCACGACCAUUAACCGUAUUCUUACCCAAUUCAUUACGACAAUUUGAAUCGAAAAAAGUGGAAUGGAAAUCUUUUGAAAAUGCUGCAUCGAUCGUUGGACCCGAUUCAAUUGCUUAUGAUCCGAAAGCUAAUCGAUUAGUCACCGGUUCUGAUGAUGGUUACCUCUACAGUAUCGAUGUUGAUGAUGAUGGAAAUUUUAAAAAAUUGUUCCAAUUAGUUAAUGAUGAAUUAAUGGCACGAUUUCAAUAUAAACGCCGUCCACGACCAUCUGGUUUACGAUUCGAUUCUAAAGGACGAUUAUUCGUUUGUGAACCAAUGUUUGGUGUGUUCAAAGUGGAAAAUGUAUUCACUGACAAGCCAAAAAUUGAAUUAGUCUUUGAUAUUGAAAAAACUUCGAAACUUGGCCCUACCAGCGUGUUUUUUGAUGAUCUAGAUCAGGAGAAACCAUCAGGUGGCCACAUAAUUUACGUGUCGGAUGUUAGUUCCAAAUUUUCCUUUCAAUAUGUAACAGCAGCAAUUCUGAGUUCAGAUUCAAAUGGUCGUGUCCUUCGUUAUGAUACUGAAACCGGUAAACUAGAUAUUCUUAUGUCAAAUCUUUUCUUUCCAAAUGGUUUGGAAAUGUUACCAGAUAAUCGUGGAUUUUUACUCACCGAAACUGGUAAUCGUACCGUUUGGAAAUAUACAUUCGAUGAUCGAGAAGCACGUGUAUUGAUGACUGCAUUACCGGCCGAACCGGAUAAUAUCCGUCUCAGUUUGGAUGGUAAAACAUUUUGGAUGGCAUUAUUAAGGCCAAGAACAAGAAAUGAUCCACUUCUAAUCGAUCAUCUGAUGUCAUUUCCAAUGUUGCGAAAAUUAUUGGUUCGUUUAUUCGAUAUGAUUGGCACGUUAUUCGAAUUGUUACAUCGACUGACGACGAUUUCAAAAUUACAAUGUUUAUCUCGACAAUUUCGAACAAUGGAAAUUUUAAACAAAGGAAAAGAUGAAUUUGCCACUGGUGGAAUGUUGAUUGAAUUCGAUUCGAAUGGUCAAAUUAUUCGAACCGUUUAUCAAACGGAAGGAAUCGAGAAUAAUCUGGCUUGGGCAACUGAAGUACGCGAAAUGCAGAGUAAAAACCUGAAUGAACGUUUACUUUAUAUUGGUUCAUUUCGACCAGGUUAUCCGAUUCGUAAAAUUACUUUAGAUAAAAAAUAGAGAAAUGUUUCAAAAAGUUUAUUGGUUAAUAAAAUAAAUAAAAUGGUCCAAAUUCAUAAUUGGAUCAAUGUUCAAUUAUCAAU